GUUCGGAAGACGUCAGUAUGUGGGCACACAUGUGGAGUGCAGCGCGUGUUUCAGCAUUCAGAGUCCUGACUCGAGUCUGCGUGUCAUCACAGCGGGUUAAAGCAUUCCCACCAGUGUUUACAGCCCACAGCCUCUCUCUCUUCAGUCGAUGUACCUCUGUGCUCGCCAAGGGUUUGAUGUCAAGACCACCUCACAGCAGGAAGAUGUCACAGUCCGUGGCGCAGCGGAUGGUCUGGGUGGAUCUGGAGAUGACAGGGCUGGAUAUCGAGAAGGACAAGAUUAUUGAGAUGGCCUGCAUAGUUACGGACUCUGACCUGAACAUCAUUGCAGAGGGGCCAAAUCUGAUCAUCAACCAACCAGAUGAUCUCCUUGACGGCAUGUCAGACUGGUGCAAAGAGCAUCAUGGGAAGUCAGGCUUGACGCAGGCUGUCCGGGACAGUCACAUCACUCUCCAGCAGGCAGAGUACGAAUUCCUGUCUUUCGUCCGACAGCACACGCCACCCGGACAGUGUCCUCUCGCAGGGAACUCCGUUCACGCCGAUAAGAAGUUUCUGGAUAAGUUCAUGCCGCAGUUCAUGCGACAUCUUCACUAUCGCAUUAUAGACGUGAGCACCAUUAAAGAGCUGUCCAGACGAUGGUAUCCAGAGGAGUACGGUCUCGCACCACAGAAAAAAGCAUCGCACAGAGCGCUGGAAGACAUCCGGGAGAGCAUAAAAGAACUGAAGUUUUACAGAGCGAAUGUUUUCAAAGUGAAGGAGGAGAGAAAAGUAGUCGAAAAUGGCGACAAGACGCCUGUGAGCUAAUCUCCGAGCCGAUCUGGAGUGCUUUUAGGAUCUUCCUCACAUUUGGAUGAAAGCUUGUGUGAAUACUAGAGAGAGAGAGAGCACUGUUUGUUUCGUGU